UUCGUGGGGUGAAGUUAAUGGUUUAGAUUCGUCAAAGAUGAAACUUUGCGUGUGUCCUGAAAAAGGAGAAGUAUUAGCUAGAGGCACUAAAAAAAUUGAAAUAACUGUCACACCAGUUUCAGAGGGGAUCGUGCAAUCGUUAUUUAUACCAUGUUUUGUGGGAGAUUCACGGAAAAUGAUAAUGCUGGGCAUCGAAUGUUUCAUCGAAUCACUUUAUGUUACAUUUUAUUUUCCACUAAACGACGAUACGCCAUUGUUAAUGAAUAAUUUUGUUAAAGUAAAGUGGCGGGCAGAUAGUCUCAAACUUGCUUUGGAUAUGGCGGGAAAAUCUAGACGGCACAUGAAAUUAUUAGACAAGUACAAAAAGCGAGAGGAACGAGAACUAAUGAACACGAAUCUGGAUCAAGGAGAGGUUCUUAAAGAUGCUUCAGCAGGUCCUUCUAUACAAGAAGUGGCAGUUGACGAAUCAGGCGAACAGCCCUUCCUAAGUACUCGUACUUCAGAAAUCAUUCAGAUGAGCAACAUAGCAGAAAAUGACAAUUAUUUGCAAGAUAUGGUUUCCUCUGGAAGCAUUGUACCAUUCCACGAAAAAUUCUUACCACUGGUUACACAGCCUGUUGUAAUAGAAUUUCCAGGUUUAUCGUUAAGAACAGUGCAGAAGAAAACUUUUAUAAUAAAAAACGAGACUUCGAUUCCAACUAAUUAUUGGCUUCGUAUAAAGAACUUUUAUCCCAUCAUGUGUUCAUGUAAAUGGAAGUCGCAAGAAGAUCGGAUCAAGUUCAUUUAUAAACGAGUAUUUAGUCGGCGGAAGGAAUUAAUAGAAGACACAUUGUGCAAAGUAAAACAACCUGGAUCAGGUAUGGUAGUCUAUGUUGAUCCCUUAAAUUCAGAUAUUGGUCCUUUCAAAGCCAUGCCUGUGGACAUUUAUGUUUUUGCUGAUACAUGGGGUUAUUAUGUGGAUGAAUUAGAAAUAAAUAUUGCUGGUUUACCACAGUAUACUAUAGGGAUAUGUGUACAAGUUGUUGGAUCACCAAUAUCAUUGUCAAUUUCUGAUAGAAAUGAAUCUAAUGUACCUAUUAUUAGAUAUGGAAUGGUAACUGUAGGUAGUCGCCUACAUGGGAGAAGAAUAUCAUUGACAAAUACAAGCGUGGUGCCUAUAAUUAUUGACUGGCACACAUUUGUAGUCAAACCAGUUCUGGAAUCAAUGCCUUUUAACAUAGCAUUCAGCUUUCAUACACCAUUUACUGACGAAUUGGCAUCAAAAUUGAGAAAUAAUAAGCAGAAGACUAAUAGUGAAAUACACUUAGAAAAACACUAUCCAUACUCAAAAGGCUUACAUACGUGUGAUUCUAGUGAAUUCAACAACACUAGUGAUAUUACAACAUCUAGUUACAUGGAAUCCUCACACAUGACCCCAUCCUGGAUGUGCAAUGGUGAAAUUUCCAAACAGUAUACCACCAGUAGCUCCAAUAGAUGUUCAAAAAGUGAAAGUAAAUAUACAAAAGAUGAGAUAUGCUUCAAUGCAAAUAAUAUAGCAGAGAGGAAAGAUAUUGAAGUACAAAUUUCGAUACUUCCUUACUAUGGUUUAAUUGAUACAAGAAUAUGCACGGUUACCCCUAGAGAAAUGUUCAUCUUACCCAAAAGUAAUACCUCCCUAAUUAUUGAUAUACAACUUGAAAGAUACAAAGCUAUGAUGGAAACAAAUGAAAGUAUUGAAGGAGAAUUUUUUUGCAAAAUUCUUGGAUUUCUACGAGUUGCUCCAAAUGAUAUGUUUGUAUAGCUGACUUAUAAUACAAAUCAAUGCAAAAUAUCUACAAUGAAUUAUAUGACACUAUAUAAUAAUAAUAGGUACAGAGAUAACUAUUAUGCUAGACAGAGUGGCAAUUAUUUUUCUCCUGUAGAAAUUGAUGUUACUGCAAAUAUUACUAAAUCUGUAUUGGACUUUAAUAUUUCUAAAUUUGAUAGAACGUUUAUAUGUUGUGCCAGUAAAGUAAUACGAAGUCGAAGGAAAAGAUUAGAGUAUGUAAAAUUACAAAAUAUAAAUAUUCUUAUUCAAAGACUAGAAUAUUUCUUCACCUAAUCUAUUUUUCCUAGACUAACUAAAACAUUAUUUUUGUACAACACUAAAAACAAGCUAAUAGAGAUAGCUUUAGAAACAUAUGAACCAUUUUAUAUCAAAUCUACAGCAGUUUAUGGAGAAGCAGAGCUAUCUAAGUCUGGAAUUAUAUGCAUAAAUCCAAAUGGAUACAUUGAAGUAAUUUAUCUUUUCCUUUGGCAGAAAUACAAAUUUUGAGUAACAUUCUUUUUAUAGGUAAAAAUAGCGUGUAUUGUAGAAGAGAAAUUAAUUCAAACUAUAAUGAAUACAAGUUCAGAUCAAGAUUUCCAUGAUCCAAAGAUCACAAUAAGAGAACCAUUACACAUUAUACAUUCUGAUAAACGAUAUCAAGUAUUAAUCAUUUUUCUUUUUUGUUCUGCUUGAAUGAACAUAAUAAAUCCUUAAAUUUAUGUGAUUUUAGAACUUGGAAUUAAUUUUACAAAUAUGGUUACCAGUGUUAAAAUUAUCAUCAUACACAUUAGAUUUUGGUCUUGUUUACAUAGGUGAUGCAAAGAAACUAUCAUUAACUAUCAGAAACUUAUCAAGUAUAGCCAUAAUUGUUAUCUUCUUUAGUAUUUACAUACAUUAGCAUUAUUUUAACAUUAUAAACUAACUAAGCCUUAUUGAUUGAUUUUCAUUAGUAUGCAGUAUAAAUUGUAGAAUAAAUAAAAAGUCCAAGACCGAAGAAUUUAUGAUUGAUAAAAGGCAUAGAACAUUGUCAAGUCAAUAUAACUACCAAGGCUGUUAUUUUACAAUCACGAUUACUUUCCAACCAAAGUAACAUAAUUUAAUCAUAAAUAUUCUAUCACUAACCAUGCUGGUCACUGUACAAUAACUGCAAUAUUUACAGAAAACCAGGGAAAUUAGUCGAAACAUUAGAAAUACUAACAGAUACCCUAUACAAUACAGAAGAAUGCCAACUUUACGGAGAAGGAACAUUAGAUGAAAAAUAUCAUACUCCCGGUGUAUAAAAGAAUAAACAAUUACAAAUCUACUUAAAGAUUAUGAUUCAUUAACAAAAUAAAAAACAGUUUACGAAAGAGAGUUAAAAUAAAACAGGGCGUUAUUGGUAGUAGCGUUAAUAGUAUUCUAAUAAAUGAUAAAUGCGCAAAAGAGAACAUAAACAUUCAUACCGAUAAUAUAAUUCCAGUUAUUACAUAAAUCGGAAUAUAUAAAUUGAAAAAAUUGAUAUUUUUGCUCAUAACCUACUAUUUAUUACUUCUGAU